AUGGUGCAGUUUUUCGACCAUCCAUUGAAGAGCGGCAACCAUUACGAGAGCAUCGUCAUCAGCGCGUUGGCCGUUAUGGGGUUAGACGAGGGCGGCGGAUGGAAGCCCGUGGAGAAUUACACGUCAAUUUAUCCAGCCGUCAUCAAAGUGGCGAGGUAUUUAGUGUUGUACCAGUCCAUGUUGGAGCGUCAAGCACAGAUUGACCAGUUGGCCCAAUACGCAACCAUCCGUCAGGCCGAGGAGGAGGCCGAGGGAUUAUUCAGGAUCGUGCGACGCAAGGUGCGGCGGUUCAUGAUCCGCAUCCCCGAGGAGAGGAUAUCGAGCCGUCGCCGAUGA